AACACGCUUUCUUUUUUUCAGUUAUAUUCUUCUUGUUCCUCUCUAGCUCUGAGAUUCAGAUCCAAAAAAAGCAAGAGAAGAAUCACGAAAAAUGGCGUCGGUGUCUCCUCUGGCCAAAUACAAGCUCGUCUUCCUCGGCGAUCAGUCCGUCGGCAAAACCAGCAUCAUCACCCGCUUCAUGUAUGACAAAUUCGACACAACCUAUCAGGCUACGAUUGGGAUUGAUUUUCUGUCGAAAACUAUGUACCUCGAAGAUCGGACAGUUCGUUUGCAGCUCUGGGAUACGGCAGGGCAAGAGAGAUUUAGGAGUCUCAUUCCAAGCUACAUCAGGGAUUCUUCUGUCGCAGUAAUUGUCUAUGAUGUAGCGAAUAGACAGUCAUUUCUGAAUACUAAUAAAUGGAUCGAAGAAGUACGGACUGAACGGGGUACCGAUGUCAUUAUCGUGCUUGUUGGGAACAAAACUGAUCUUGUUGAUAAGAGACAAGUUUCUAUAGAGGAAGGAGAUUCCAAGUCACGAGAGUUUGGAGUCAUGUUCAUAGAAACCAGUGCCAAAGCAGGGUUCAAUAUCAAGCCACUUUUCCGUAAGAUUGCUUCUGCGUUGCCGGGGAUGGAAACCCUUUCCUCCACAAAACAGGAAGAUAUGGUUGAUGUAAACCUCAAGCCCACUGUCAAUUCAUCAAAUGCAGAUCAACAAGGAGGAGGUUGUGCAUGCUAGGCUAUUUGUUUUACUGGAAAGAAAAAAGGAAAGGCAGUUUAGUAUAAUGACUAUAAUCCAAGUGGGGAGCCAUCAUAGAUCCGAUUUAAGUACAAGCUAUUGGUUUAUCAGCUUAGUGCAUUCUGUUCCAUUUGUGUAAUGAGGGUUGUGUUAAAGUCUUCAUAGGAAAACUGAAGGUAGCAAUUGUUCCAUUUGUGCUAAUUUACUAAAUUGUGACGAUU